UACUGUAUAGUCAAGUUUGUGCAAACCAUAGAGAAAUAUUUCUAAUAAUCGUUUAUCGGAAAAAUAUCGGAGUUUAAUAAAAGUGACUUGCUGUAAACGAAAUCAAAAUAAAUAUAUCAACCCACAUGAAAUAAAGAAUCUAAUAUGUGUCGAAAGAAUAUAAUCUUAUAAUACAGACAAUGACGAACGUUUCUACUAAAUGAAUUUUUAAAAAAUUAAUCUGAGCCUAGCCUGGGUUAUUGCACUAAUUCUGUAAAUUCUUAGAAAACCGCUUGUAAUAUGCACGAAUAUAUUGUGGAGUCAACUGGAUGUCAACCUCAAUUGUACGUUUUCAAUCAGAUUUUUAAAGCGUAUGAAAGCUUGGAUUAUGUCCGGCGUUAUAUUACAGAUAGCUACGAAUCUAAGCAACAAAAAACUUUUUUGGAUUUCUGGUAUUCAAAUGGUGAUAGCAUUGUAUAUAAUAAAUAUUAUGAUAAGGAAUGUGAAAAAGAAUUGGCGGAGCGCACAUUAAAUUAUGACUACGAAAAUGUAAUUGCUGAGUCUGAAGAAAAAAGAAAACAAAUUUGGGAGGAACACUAUGAAAAGAUAUAUAUAGAACAAUAUCAGUUAUACGCAAUAAUAUUUUAUGAAUAUUACAAACAUUUGCAUAAAUCUUUAGAUGAAGAAAGGAUUGAGUUCAUAGCUGAUAAACUUGAGGAACAUAUUAAUAGUUGUUUUGCGGAAGAUUUUGCACAAUUGGAACUGCUGGGACUUCCGACUGCAUUUGGUAAAUCAAAAAGUAACAGAAAAACACAACUACAAAGGUACGAUAACUUGCAACAAGUGUAUAGCGGUUUUUUCUCUGAUGAGGAGGAUUCUUCAAGUAUGGACUCACAACAUUUUCAGAAGAAUACAGUAAAAGAUCUUGAUAAAGAAGUUAAGGAAACGUCGACAUUAUGUGAUAUUAAAGAGAAAAAAAUUAAAAAGAAGAGGGCAAACCGAAAGCUACGAAAUGUACCGGAAUUUCUAUUGGAAAAUAAGGAAAUGAUGAAAUAUUGGCGAAAACGUUUUUCCCUAUUUUCACGAUAUGAUGAUGGCAUACGGUUAGAUUGUGAAAGUUGGUUUUCAGUUACACCUGAAAAAAUUGCUGCUCAUUUGGCUGAACGCCUAUCAUGCGAUGUAAUUUUAGAUGCCUUUUGUGGCUGUGGUGGAAAUGCUAUACAAUUCGCUCGCACUUGUAAGCGUGUUAUAGCGAUAGAUAUAGACCCUGUGAAAAUAUCUAUGGCAAAGCACAAUGCCAAAAUUUAUGGAGUAGCAGAUAAAAUUGACUUCAUUAUUGGAGACGUCAUGCACAUUGAUCGUACCUGCAAUUUUCGUUGCGACAUUGUUUUCUUAAGUCCGCCUUGGGGAGGUCCAAAGUAUAAACGAAAGGAAUCCUAUGAUAUUGAAAGUUAUUUACAACCUUCGGGUGCAUCAAAGCUAAUGGAAAUCGCCAAGCAAUUUAGUGAAAACGUAGUAUUCUAUUUACCACGAAACGCUUGCAUUAAGCAAGUCGUUGAAUUGGCUGGAUUUGGGAACAGAUGUGAAGUAGAACACAAUUAUUUAGAUUCGAGACUUGUGGCUAUAUCUGUACUAUAUGGCGAAAAUAUAUUAAAAGUAAACUAAGAAUAAUGUACAAGUAAUAUUGUAAAUUUUUUAUUCUUUAGAAUAACUUUGGAAAAAUAACACUUUCUAAAUACAUACAUAUGUAUAUUGGACAUAGCCCCCGUUAAAAAUUCUUAUUAAUUCUUCGUUUGACAUCAAGGCACAAAGUGUUCUUGGCGUUUACAAUAUUUUCGAAACGAAAUCGUAUACAAUUUUGUUAUUGUAGUGUUACCAUUGCGUUUCUUUACUUUUAUCUGAGGGUUCGAAGUGGAUUUCUGCAUGAACUAUAUUUUCAAAAACGUUUUCUUUAUAAGUUGCCAGAAUUGAAAAGUUAAACUUAAUUUAAACACACAGAACAGAUAUCAAAUUUAAAUAUACUUUUAAAAUAUU